GUAGAGCAGAAGUGUCUUUGUUUGGUGCCACUGAAAUGUACAAGCUGUGCCAUUCUGGAUGCUCUGCAGAUAGAAGCUGGCUUAUGAACAGCCGAAUUAGUCAUGGGCUGCACACCAUCCAAAUCCAACAUCAGCUACUCGCAUGUGCGCGUGAGUCGAGAUCUGGACACUUGCUCUACGUUUGUGCCAAGUUUAAAAAGCUCAGUUUCUACACCAGAAAGGCCUUCGCCACUACUCUGCAUUGAGACGGCCAGUGGGAAGCAGACAUUCCUGAGUGUUCCUGGUCGGGAUGGUUACGGGCGCUCCGUGAGUCAGCCCAGCAGCCCGGACAUAUGGAGCACAUCGAGCAUCGGGAGCCCGUUCGGUCCCGUUCAACCGAGCUGCACCGACAGCGAAUAUGAGGACACAAACGGCAGCAAACGAUGACAGUUAUGGCUGCUGUUUUUAUAACUCGCCCACAACGAUGAAAUGAAGAGAACAUACGGGAAAGUUCAAUAUUGUAAUGUUUAACAACAUCAGUCCCCUGUGCUUUAUCUAUUUUCUUUUGUAUAAAAACACUAACCACAUACAUAGUGGCCAAAUAACCAUAUAAUAUUCAGAGUGUGUACUUAUUUUUUGUUAGCACUGCUCCAUACGUUUGUUGUUUCUUCGUUUUAAUGUUUAACGAAUCCUGACAAGAAGAUAAUAAACACAGCGCAAGCCUCGCGUUAUUUUGAGAAUUCCCGCGAGAGUUAGCGGAUUUCGGACAGCGAAGAGGGCGAAAUGGAGAUAUGAGGUCUGAAAAGGAGCAGAGGACAGGCAGCAGGGAGAGAGGAAGCGUCGAAAUCCAGUUCAGGGACUGUCAGGACAACGCCGCUGUGAACCCCAAGCACAAGGAGGAGAAAAAGGAGAUCUUCAGCAAGGUUGUCAUCCGCCGACUGCCACCCAGUCUAUCAAAAGACCAGCUCCAGGAGCAUCUGAGUCCUCUUCCAUCUUUUGACUAUUUUGAGUUCUUUCCUGCUGAUCAGAGCUUAUACCCUCAUCUCUUCUCAAGAGCAUACAUAAACUUCAAAAACCCAGAGGAUAUCAUAAUAUUCAGAGAUCGCUUUGAUGGCUAUGUAUUUAUUGACAAUAAAGGUCAAGAAUAUCCAGCUGUUGUAGAAUUUGCCCCAUUUCAGAAGGUUUCCAAGAAAAAGCUAAAGAAGAAAGAUGCGAAAGCUGGGACCAUUGAAGAAGACCCAGAAUACAGGCGAUUUCUGGAAAACUACUCUUGUGAUGAGGAGAAAUCGAUGGCCAACCCAGAAACGCUUUUGGGAGAGAUUGAAGCUAAAACCCGAGAGCUCAUAGCCAAAAGGACGACACCCUUGCUGGAAUACAUCAAAAACAAGAAAUUAGAGAAACAGAGAAUAAGAGAAGAAAAAAGAGAAGAGAGGCGAAGAAGAGAACUGGAAAAGAAGAGGCAGAGGGAAGAGGAGAAGAGGAAACGCAGAGAAGAGGAGAGACAAAAGCGGAAGGAGGCAGAAAAGCAGAAAAAGCUCUCUGAGAAAGAGAUAAAGAUCAAGCUUUUGAAGAAGUGUGACCGAGACGAUGACGUGGAUUCAGACAGACUGAAAGAUAAAGGAGACAGUGGAGAGACGGAGAAGAACAGAUGGGAAAAGCCUGGAGGACACACUAAGUCAAAGGAUUCAAAGGAUAAUAGGAGCCAAAUGGAAAAUGACAAGGAGCAGCGUGAGGGCCACGGCCGACGGCAGAGGGACAAAGAUCACCGUGGCCGAGAUGAGGAACGUAAACGACAGAGGCAUCACUACGAAUUUGACAAGUUCAUGCGACGCAAGGAAGAGACCAAAUGGGGCAAAGGCUACUGCCAGGACAGGGCCAAGAAAGACCAACACCAUGGGUAUUCCUACUGCCCAGAGACUGGAGACAAACUGGGCAAAGAGGACCGAGAGGACAUGGGCAGCAGGAAAGAACGCAUCCGCAAUAAGUCUGUGUUAGUGCAUCAGGAGAAAAGGACUUCCCAGUCUGAGGGGCCAGACCAGAUAGGAGGGGCUCUGCCAGCAAAGGACCGACCGGCAAUGCAACUGUACCAACCAGGUGCUAGAAACCGCAAACGCAUGGGCUCUGGAAACAAGACAUUUGACUUCCCGCCGAUCUCUCCCGAACAUGCAGGAGAACACUGCUACAAAACAGUCAUUGGUACAGGCUCUGAAAAGAGUGCUGACGAGUGAAAAAACAAAACACUAUUGACAGGAAGAUGCCUAAGCAAGGGUCACACAAGUGUAGAAAAAAACACUAAACCUCAACCUUGUUUUCUGUCAUGUGUGAGUACAGUGCAUUGAAAUCCCCUCUUAAUAUUUUCUACACAACAACGUCAACUGUGUCAUAAACGAUCGGCUUCUGUUUGCUUGUCAAGGAUUCACAACCACUCCAUUGAGAAAAAUACCUCAUUAUUUACAAAGAUCGGAUUUGUAUGCCUUUUUGUAGUGCAAGACUCCAUUGAUCAAGAGAAUUAAUAUAUAUCUAUUUAGAGAGAGAUUUUACAGUAAAGAGAAUCAGUUUGUGUGGUGAAAUCUGUAUUUUAAAUAUAUGUAAUGUGGGAUGGGGAACAGAGACAUAUUUUUUUCUUUAAGAUUAUAGAAAUGCUACUGAAACAUUUACGCAUGCAACUUUUCAUUGUUGUUUUGCACUGUAAUGCCUUUGAAUGAUGCCUCUACUGUCCCUGAUGUGUAGACAUUGUGGCUUUUCUGUAUUAAAGGGGUUGGUUCACCCAAAAAAAAAAAUCAUUUACUCACCACUUAGUCACUAUCAAGCGCUCUUUGGGGGGUUUUGUUCUGUUAAAUACGUAAGAAGAUAUUUUGAAGAAUGCUGAAAACUGGUAUUCACUUCCACGUCGUGGGGAAAAUACUUUUGUGUUCGUCAGAAAAAGGAAACAGGUUUUGAACAGGUUAAGGGUGAGUAAAUGAUGACAUAAUUAUAAUUUUUGGGUGAAUUAUCACUUUAAUUGCUUCUCACUCUACUGCAUAUAGCAACUGUUUCACCUGCGGGCCAAGAAGAACAAAUAGUGUUUGUUAAAAUCGUGAAAUUACAUGUUGUUUUGUGAUAUUUCUAACACGCAUGCAUGUUUUUUAGAAACUGCAUUCAUUAAGCGGUGGGAGGCUACAUGGGGUCACAUGCCUUACUUUUGAUUUGCACUUAAGAUCCCAUCUAAUAUUAAACAGAAAAAUACAGGUUUUUAGAAUUAUUGAGUAUUGAGUCCAACAAAAAAGUGAUCUCUGUAGAAUAAUUUAAAAAUGUGAUAUUGUAUUUGAUGGAUUGAACAAUUUGUGUACAAUAAAGAUAUAUCAUUAUAUAAAGUAA